AUGCUGCUGCGGCUCCUGGUGCUGCUGGGCGCCUGCCCGGGGCUGUCGCGGUGCCUGGGCUCCUUCGUGCAGUGCGAGCCUUGCGACGGCAAAGCGCUGUCCCUCUGCCCUCCGCCUCCCCUGGGCUGCGAGCUGGUGAAGGAGCCGGGCUGCGGCUGCUGCCUCACCUGCGCCCUGCCCGCCGGGCAGCCCUGCGGCGUCUACACCGAGCGCUGCGCCCGGGGGCUCCGCUGCCUCCCCCGGCAGGGCGAGGAGAAGCCGCUGCACGCCCUGCUCCACGGCACCGCCGUCUGCCUGAGCGAGAAGAGCUACCGCGAGCAAGCCAAGGCCGAACGGGAGUCCCGUGAACAUGAGGAGCCGACCACGUCGGAGAUGACAGAGGAGACCUACCCGCCCAAGGCCUACCGGCCCAAGCACGGGCGCCUCUCCGAGCUCAAAGCUGAGGCUCUGAAGAAGGACCGCCGGAAGAAGCUGACCCUGGCCAAGUUUGUGGGCAUGGCGGAGAACACGGCACAUCCCCGCGUCGUCAUCCCUGAGCUCCGGCAAGAGUUUGAGCUGGGCCCUUGCCGCAGGCACAUGGAGGCCUCCCUGCAGGAGCUGAAGAGCAGCCAGCGGAUGGUCCCCCGUGCCGUCCACCUCCCCAACUGCGACCGAAAGGGCUUCUACAAAAGGAAGCAGUGCAAGCCCUCCCGAGGCCGGAAGCGUGGGCUGUGUUGGUGCGUGGACAAAUACGGCAUGAAGCUGCCGGGGACUGACUACCUGAGCGGAGACCUGCAGUGUCACGCGUUCGACAGCAGCAAUGUGGAGUGAAGUCGCAUCCCCUCCCUCCGCCCCAUCACCACCCACCCAGGCUCCCUCCCACCCUCCCCUCCACACCUCCCCACACCCCGGGACUCCGAUUCCUUUCAUCUCAUGUAAGAAGAAAAAAAAGAGAGGAAAAGAAAAAAGAGAAAGAAAGGCACAGAAAAUAAAAAUAUAAAUAAGGGAUAAGGAAAAGGAGAAUGAAAAGAAAAAAGAGAAGUUAAGAAAGGACAAGGAAAAAGAAAAGCAGGAAAAAAAAGAAGAAAAAGAUAAAGAAAAAAGAAAGACAAGACAAGACAAGACAAGAAAAGAAAAGAAAAGAAAAGAAAAGAAAAAUUGAAAAGAAAGAAAACGAAAAUGGAAAAGAAAAGAAAGAAGAAAGAAGAAAAGAGAAAAACAAACCCUGAAGAAACUGAGGACUCGGAAUCUACAGCAGCGUUUUGACAGCAAGGACUCAGCAAGGAAAGGACAGAGCCAGAGACAAGCCAGCUUCGGCCGCUCCGCCAUCCCGCACCUCUCCCUGCACCACCCACGCCCCCCUGCUGCUGAGCAGAGCCCAUGCCAAUGUAGGAAGCUCUCCGAGUUGGCGAUUUUCUAAUUGGGGUUGUGGGUGGGGUGAAUUUUUCAUUUUUUUUUUAAUUCUUUCUGGAUUAGCUAGUCAUUUUCUAAAGGGUCUGGAGAGAAAAGCUUGCGGCCACCAGCGUCUCCACUCCUUGCUCCGUUCUUCUGGAGUUUCCUCCCUGCAUCGCCGGGAUGCACUCGAGUCUAUCUGAUCUCCGUCCCAAACGACCGCCCCGAUCCAGGCAGAUUUGAACCAUUCUGGGAGGAAGAGGAGGAGGAGGAAGAGGAGGAGCGGGACUGCUGCGCACCUGGAGAUGUACCGGGGAGGGACACACAAGCUCCUGCAACGGCACGAAUAUGCCCCGCAAUAUUCGUGGACUUCAAAAAGAAACACUCCAGAAGGGAGACAUAUCCUUCUCAGUGCAGUUCCUCUUGACUGGGAGGUCAGAAAUCCGAGUUUUGGACGAGUGAGACUCCAAACGUCACCCAUCCGUGUGUGGAAGCAUUUGUCAUGUGCGUGCACACAGACAUGACUUCUCCUUGCAAAACGUGCCUGGAAACCUGCAAUUUGAAGGCUUCACUGUAAGCAAGGGGAGAGCUGCUGGACCGAACAGGGAGCAGAGCUACGGAGGUGCCCCGAGGCCCCACCAACACCAAGGGCUGCGUCCGAGCCGGCUCUGCAGAUGCUCCACCACUCCCCAGAGCGAAGCAGGCAUACAUGGGGACGGGGGGACCGGGGACAAAACCCUUCACCACCCUUUGCUGCCACAGCGAAGACCAACUAUGGAGGUUUUUUUUAAUUAUUUUUUUUUCAUUAUUUUUGUUUUCACAGCCAAAAAAAAAAAUAGUUUGCUCCAGGGGGGAAAAAGACUUUAUUUCGUCUUGGGUUUUUGUUAAGGCUGGUUUAUAGCCUUUCCCAGGGUUAGGAAAACACCAGUCUCCAUCGUUUCACACUGAGGACACUGCUCAUGUCUGCCAUGGCUGACUCCCUCCGCCAUCUCCCCACCCUGCAGUGAGAUCCUGCAACAGGUCCUCACACUUCACCCAGGAACCACGUCCUCAUUCAGUGACAGAGGCCACCGCGAAAUGGAGACCCACUGCCUCAGGCAUGCUUGGACAGCUGUCAGCUGCCUUCCUGACUAUUUUGUUGUGUCUUUUUUUUUUUUUUUUUUUUUUUAAUUUUCCACAUUGGAUUUUGGGACUCAUUUCCCCAUGACAAGGGUCUCCGCGACUGCUGCGCUGGGAAAUCCUGCAGCAAAGGGAAGGAGAAGGAGCUGUGGGGUCUGGGCAUUGCAGCCCCGGCACUCAAAAACGCACCUGGAGCCAUCCAAAGGAUGAGGCCAGUCUUUGGGGGAGGAUGCAGCCAAUGCAUCCCCCAAAGCUGGUCUGAGACUCUUGGGGCUGGACAGGGAGGAAGAGGGGGCCCAAGCACCAGUGGGGCCAGGAUAGGAGGGACUCAGCACCAGCUCUGGUGAAGGCUCCUCUCCGUCACUGGUUGGGUGCCUUCAUAGUGUCCCAGGGGACGGCAUCCCCACCACCACCACAAGCAGGCAUCCUGCAAGGAUGCUUUGCCCUAAUGAGGGCAGGACUGGCUGGCCCCCAAGUUUUGCCAAUAGACUUCCACGGAGACCCAGUGGGGCAUGUUUGGAGCUGGGGGUGGAGUGCCUUCCUUUGCUGAAAAGAAGGGGGGAACGAGGGUGGGUGAGGAGGGGCACCAAAUGCAGAUCUCUUUCCGUCCAUGAAAAAGAAAAAAAAGAGGAGGAGUUAGGCAACCCCCGUGGUGCUGGAGGGGAGCUGGGGCUGGGGAGGGCCCCCUUGGCUCUGUGGGGCUGAUGGAGCAGGGUUGGAUUGAGCAGGAUGGGGGGGUGAACAGGAUGGUGAAGGGGGGGUGGAGGGGUGGCAGGAUGGAGGGGGAGCCCGUGCCAACCCCCAGGGCCACAGGCACUGUCACCGCUGUCUCCCAUCUCCUCCACUUGCCAGUCCCCGUGCAAAACCUCCCGACUGUUAUAGGCCAGUACCACCUUCCCCAGUACCCCCCCCUCCCUCCCUCCCUCCUCCCUCUCGUUCUUGCUUUUUUGUUUUUGUUCAUUUUGUUUGUUUUGUUGUUUGAUUUCCCAAAACUUGAAAGCCUUUGGCUGCAGAGAAAGGAGCCGUGCUGCCCAGGGAUAGGCAGAAUGGGAGCGGGCAGAGGGAUGGCAGCUCCCCACGGGAUGUCUAUUUUGGAGAACUCAGUUCCCAGGGGACACAGACCAGCCUGGUGGUGGCCUUAUGAUGCAGCCACCACCGUGACACUGGGAGGGGGACGGAGGAGGACUCCCUGUCCUCCCCAUACAAAGUGGGUCCCAGCUGUGGCCCCACGAGCUCCAAAAAUCCAUCGGGCGGUGAUGAAGUGCUGCCGUUCUCAGCGGGCAGGUGGAGGGACCCGCUUUGCCUUUGGGGUGGGAAAACCAGAAGGGGUGGAUGCGGGAGCCAGGCGAGCGGCACAGGGACCGAGGCGCACGGGGAGGUGCCGGCCAUUUCACGCACCAGCGGCCGCAGGGUGAGAGGAAAAGGCUGGAGCAGGGGUGAGGACAGCCCUUGGACCACAUCUCCCAGGGGAGAUGUUCAGCAGCUGGGUUACCCCUUGUCUGUACUGCAGUGGCCUUCGAAAACCACUAGUACAAGAGCAUUUUGCACUAUUUCUCUGCUCCCUCUCUCUCUUCCUCCUUCUCUUUUUCUCCCCUUUCCCCGUGAAAACUUUGUUGUUGGUUUUUUUUUUUUUCCUUAUUUUUUUUGUGUUGUUGUUACUGAUUUUUUUCCCAAACGGAGCAUUGUAUAUUUAACAACAGACAGCUCACCUCGCUUCCAGACCGCUGUCCUGGCCCUGGCGAGGAGCCCUGCGCACCGUGCCCGGUCCCCAGCCCCGCCAGCCGCCCGCCACUGCCACUGGGACAGACGUCACCGUGCACGUCACCCACCGUCACCCACACUAGUUCACACACCAGAUUCCGAGUUUCCUGCCUGGUCUUUUUUUUUUUUUUUUUUUUUUUUUUUUUUUAUCUUUAAGCAAUACUCACUACACAUUUUACGGUAGCUUUUUAUAGCUUUACAUACAUACGGUAGCUCUGUUGUUUCGUUUUGUUCUGUUUUUGUUGUGUUUUUUUUUUUCCAGUAAACAAGAAAUACUCAUAAUCUUACUGGUGGGAAAAAAAAAAAGCAGUUUGUGAAAAACUGACAAUGGAAGAAGAGCUUAAUGCUCUGUUUAGCAUUUUGUACUUAAAAAAAAAAAUCUCACAUUUUAUUAAAAAGUGAAGAUUGCUGUAUACUAUUUAUUCAACUUAUAAUUUAUGUUACUCUUUGAUCUUUGUCUUUUCUCAUGACAAAGCAUUUAUUUAAUAAAGUUAUGCAUUCAGUUA